GUUAUACCCGAGGUGGUAAGUUUUAAGUAGGGCGACGCCGAGAUGAGGAACUCGAAGGUGCCAGCAACACAAGGUUUAGACAGGUUCAGGCCGCGAUGUGCCAGCAACACAAGGUUUAGACAGCUCAAACUGUCGGCACAUUCAUUGGUGCAGGACUCUCCUUUCCAAAUGGAUGACAUAUAUAGCCUUGUAUCGUCAAAAGCUCCAAGAGAUUUGGCACCAGAGAAGAAGAGGAAAAUAUGUGAAGCUAUAAGGAAAGUUCUCGGUGGUGUCCCAGAGGUGUUAGGUAUAUUUAUUCAAGAAUUAGCAUUUGCAGAAGAUGGGGAUCCAGCUGAAUCAAGUGUGAGAAGAUCAAAGAGGGGGAGGACAGUGAAAUCCUACAAAGAAGAAGAUGAAGAGAUAGAGGAAGAUUUAGAUUAUGAAGCUGAGGAAGAAGAAGAUUUUUACAGCAGCGAUGAACGUAGCUUGGGAUUGGAUUCUGAAGAUGAAGCCGACCACGCCACCUCGCCGACCACGCCAUCCCAGUGAUGCCCCUCCCCAGCCUUUCUGUUUACGCCGUACCCUUAAGAUGAGACCCUGGCCGAGUAGCACGGGACCUAGUCGUACCCCCAAGUUGUACCCCCUUUGCAAUAAUAAAAAGGGUUGUGUUUGUUGUUUGU